AUGGAUUUUGGAGAUUUGGGACAACCUGAUGGACUAAAGGCCCUCGAUGAAUUUCUUUUAACACGAAGCUACAUCGACGGGUUUGUUUACGUACGUCCUUUAUCUUAUUUCCAUAUUUUUAGAUACCAACCAUCCAAAGCCGAUACUUCCGUUUUUGAAUCUAUUUCGAAAGUUCCAGACGCUAAGUAUGUAAACGCUCUCCGCUGGUAUAAUCACAUUAGAUCCUUUGGUGAUCAACAAGUAAAACUUCCUGGUAAUCCCAAAGGCUUAAAUUCAAUGACAACUAUAACAGUAAAAAAGAAUGAAGAAGAAGCUGAUGACUUUGAUCUUUUCGGUUCCGAAGAUGAAGCGGAGGCUGAGAUGCGUCAUUCUGCUGCUCUCGCUUCAUACAAUUCCAAGAAAUCUGCCAAGGCCAAGCCCGUUGCUAAGUCUAUGAUCAUUUUAGAUGUGAAACCGUGGGAUGACGAAACGAAUAUGGAUGCUCUUGAAAAGUGCGUUCGCAGUAUUGAAGUUGACGGUCUCCUCUGGGGUAGCUCAAAAUUGGUCCCUAUCUUUCAGGGAAUUAAAAAACUGCAAAUCACCUGUGUCGUUGAGGACGACAAGGUUGGUACCGAUCUCCUCGAAGAGGAAAUUUCCAAAUUCACUGAUUACGUUCAAUCUGUUGAUAUCGCGGCGUUUAACAAACUGUAA